AUGGGAGCGGGGAUGAAGCGCGCGAGGGAGGAGGAGCCAGCUGUGUCGCUGGCGCUCUCUCUCAGCACAGACUCCUCGACGUCCACCACCACCUCGGCCGACUCGACCGGUGCGCCGGCGAAGGCGGCCGCAAGGAAGAGGGCACGGCGGGGGAGGGUGGUGGCCACUUCGGGGGAGGGAGAGUUCGUCUGCAAGACUUGCGGCCGGGCCUUCGAGACGUUCCAGGGGCUCGGCGGCCACCGGACCAGCCACCUCCGGGGGCGCCACGGGCUGGAGCUCGGCGUCGGGGUCGCCAGGGCCAUCAAGGAGCGGCAAAGGCAGGAGGACAAGCAGCAGCACGAUUGCCACAUCUGCGGGCUGGGCUUCGAGACGGGCCAGGCGCUCGGCGGCCACAUGCGCCGGCACCGCGAGGAGAUGGCGGUCCGCAGCGGCAGCGCCAUCGACCGGUGGGUCGCGCUGACGGAUCAGGAGGCUAGGCACCAGGACGGCGUCUUGCUGGAGCUGUUCGUCUAG